GUUAAAACCAUACGGUCGGUGGCGCUUAUUAUUACGAACGAAAAUUCACGUCUUGUUUUACUAUGAAGAUAUGUACCAUAAAUCACACCAAUAUAUUAUACCAGUUAUUACCUCUGAAUUUGUGUUAUUUUAAGUCGUCGCCUACAUUGUUUGUUGCGAAAUCCUAUCAAAUUGUUCUUCAUUUUGUACUUCAAACGCAAUUUAUAAUUAUCUUUUUUGUAUUUUACUGUAAUAGAAUUCAACUGUCGUUUGCAUUAUUAUAGAAAUUAUAUGUUAUAGAACAUUUUUUCUGUGUAUAAACUAAUAAAAACCAUUAUCUCAACGCCUUCACUUCUUUUUUUUAAAACAACACGACGAUUUCAUUGGAGAUUUAAAGUAAAUAAACCCAUUUUUUCAUUAGUCACAAUGCCCAAGAAGAAAGUUAUUUCACGUGAUGAACCUGUACCCGCGAGACCUCAUAGAAACAUGAAAGCCAAAGUGGUGUUUGAUCCAUCUGAUAAUCAUAUACCGAAAAAGAGAGCUAAAUAUUCUUAUAAGAAUGAAAAAUCCGCAGAAGCCAGUACUGUAAAAAGAACUUCAAUUAAUGAUAGAAGAAGAAAACAAGAUACUUCUAAGUCGAAAAGUCUUCCAGUAAAUCCAGUUACUGAACCGUUAGAUUGUUCGUCGGUUGAUACCAGUGUUAUAUCUCCAGUACAUUCACCAAUAAAAUCUCCAGUUAUAAGUGCUACUUCUGAAGUAACUCAGGAAUUAUCAAAAAUGUGUUAUUUGUGUUCGAAAGUUUCAGAAAAUAAAGAAUUACUUGAUUGUCAAAUUUGUUUGAUCAAAGCUCAUAAAGACUGUAUAAUAGUGGGUGAACCUGUGUGGAAGUUCAAAUUAGAUUUAAGUCCUUGGUUCUGUAAACCAUGCAGAAAAGAAAACUGCGGUAAAUGUCUCAAAGAAAAAAGCCAGGUAAUGCAUCACUGUGUUUCUUGUGAUGUUGGUUUACAUAGCACUUGUUAUGAAUCAUAUGAAAUUAAACCUUUACAUAAAGUAGAACCUGAUAUGUAUGUAUGUAUUCCUUGCAUGACUUUGGCUACUCAAAUAAACCAAGAAGAAGUUGAAGAAGUAGCAGAAGUACUUGCUACUAAAGAUUUGGGUGUAGAUGAUGUUGAGUCACACGCCUCCAGUGUUAUGACUUUAUCAUCUGACGAAGAUGACACCUUUUCUAGAAGUAUUAGAUCUUCUAGUUCAUCAGACAAUGAACAAUAUGAUGAUAUUCAUACUAAUGAUAUCCCGAAUGUAUUGAAAUGGAAUAAAGAUCAAGUGAUGGAUUAUUUUAAAGAACAUUUACCCCAAGAAAUUAUUGAUCAUCUUGUUAAUUUCAAUAUUGAUGGUCGUGCUCUACAAUUACUUCAUCGGAAUGAUAUCGUAUCAAACAUGGGUAUGAAACUAGGACAUGCAUUGAAAUUUUUUAAACUAGUGCGAAUUUUACAGACGCAAAGUACAUUCAAUCGCUUAUUUUGGGAAUAAUUAUUACUAUAUAUAUUAUCUAUUUAUCAUCGAAUGAUAUAAAAUUGUAUUCAUCUUUUUUUCAUAUGUAUAAAUUAUAAUUAUAAUGAGUUUGAGACCCAUCCCUUCAAAACAUUUACAUAAUUUUCUGUGUUUACCAAUAGUGAAAUUAUUUUUUUAGCUAAUUUUUUAUAAAAAUACAUAAUUAUCAAUAUUAUUGUUUUAGCUUAAUUGCAUAUAAAGACAUCCAAACCAGUUUAUAUUCUAUAUUUUUAAUUAUAACAGUUGCUAGAACAUGUUGGUACAGUGACAAUACUAGGUAGAGCUAUGGCUCUACCUAAUAAUGCAUAUCUCAACUAUAAACAUAAUAAUUAUAUCAUUUUUUUAUAUGCUAAAAAAAACUUUCUAUAAAUAAUAAUUCAUUUUAUUUAUAUGAAAAUAACAUUUAAACUAUAAUACUACUUUUACUUGUAUUUACAAUCAAUAAUGGUCUUUUUUAAUAGAUAAUAAAUGUUUGUAUCAAUU